UUUCUAUUAGAAAUCUUUGCCUCCUUAAAACAUCCCAAAGUGGAAUUCCAAGUACACGGAUCACCAGGGAGAAUGCCUUUUCAGGUUUUAGCUUAUUAAACUGCAGACACAGUGUCCCAGUGCUUUGUCAUGGCUCUGUUUAUUCCAACACUGAUUUCUUGGGAGAGGAACUGGAUAUUUUUGAGGUCAAAGAUUACACAACCUGCCAAGAAAGGUGCACAGACACCAUACGCUGCCAAUUUUUUACAUAUUCACCAUCUGGAGAAACAUACAACAAAGGGAAGUAAGGUGGAUUUUUAAAUCCUACAUAGAAAAAUUAUUCAACUGCUUGAAAAUACACAGAUGCUUUUCCCUUAGUGGCAUUCUUCUUCAUAAUGAAGAAUUUCCUUCAUUAUUUCCUUCAUUCAGAGGUAAAUGUUAUUUGAAAAUGUCUUCAAAUGGAUCCCCAAUUAAAAUACUUCAUGGAAGAGGAGGUGUCUCUGGCUAUACAUUAAGGCUAUGUAAAAUGGAAAAUGCAUGCACUAACAAGAUAAAAACAAAGAUAGUUGGAGGAACAAACUCGGUUCUUGCUGAAUGGCCAUGGCAGAUAAGUUUGCAUGUCACUUUCCCCAUCCAGAAACACCUAUGUGGAGGAUCCAUCGUUGGGAAACAGUGGAUAGUAACAGCUGCCCAUUGCCUUGAAGGACUAGAGGGUGCUACUACACUUUUACGUGUCUAUGCUGGCAUUGUAAACCAGUCUGAGAUACAUAGAAAUACUCCAUUCUUCAGAGUUCAAGAGAUAAUUAUUCAUGAAAAAUAUGAAAUGGCAAACCAUGGAUAUGACAUCGCCUUGUUGAAAGUUGAGGUUCCGAUUAAUUAUACCACUCUCCAGAAACCCAUAUGCCUUCCUUCAAAAGGAGAUGGAAAAAUUACAUAUACCAAUUGCUGGGUAACUGGUUGGGGAUACACAAAAGAAAGAGGAAAAGUACAAGAUACUCUUCAGAAGAUUUUUGUUCCUUUGAUAACAAAUGAAGAUUGCCAAAUGAGUUAUAGAGAACACAAAAUAACCAAUAAGAUGAUAUGUGCUGGUUAUGAAGAAGGGAAGAAAGAUGCUUGCAAGGGAGAUUCUGGAGGCCCCCUAUCUUGUCAGCAAAAUGGCAUCUGGCAUUUGGUGGGUAUAACCAGUUGGGGGGAAGGCUGUGCUCGUCCAGGACGCCCUGGUGUUUAUACCAAAGUGGAUGAAUAUGUGGAUUGGAUUCUAAAAAAUACUUCAACAUGAAGAGGACCCUCAAUGUCUUUUGCCUCUGGGAAAGAAGAAAUAAGUUUUUAUUUAUAAGACAGUUUUGUUGUAAAUUAUUUCCUUUAGUCCCAGUGAAGUCUUCAAUUUUCCUUUGCUUUUAUUUUGAGAGUACUCAUAGGGUACUGGCGAACUUACUUUGAGGCCUGAAGAGUCUGGGUUAAAGGCCUGCCUUUGAUAUGCACUGGCUGUAAGACUUUGGAGAAGCCACUUAACCUCUCCUUAUUUUCAGCAGCUCUCUCAGAGCUGCAGACAGGGUACCCACUUGCAUUGAUAAAAAGGAUUUUUUUCACCUGGGAAUAAUUUAUAACGAUGAAAUCACAGUUUUGGUUCCUAUUCCUGUCUCCUAAGAUUACUUCUACUUGUCUGCAAAUAAAGCAUGACAGAGAGAAAACAA